UCUCUCUCUCUCUCUCUCUCUCUUUCUCUUUCUGUGUUGUUUGUUUUUGUGUAUAUUUGUUGUCAAGUCAUGACAAGGCCCAAAUUCAGGCCCUGCCCUUCUUGCCAGACUCCCAAUCAGGCAAACAGGAAAACUUGCAAUGUUUGUUUUGCAAGCCUGUCCACCAAAAAAAAAAAUCCAAGAAAAAGUGGUGUCACUGGAUAGCCAGUGGGGGGAAUCUGUGCUUAAAAGCAGAAAUGCUGGGCGUAUAAUUGAUUCUGCCCGUAUUGCAGUGAGUAAACUUGAAGCUGUGGGGUACAAGCCAAUAUUAUUUAUUGGCAAGCCAGACAAAAGGGCUUCAAAUAAAUGGGUUGCAGAUAUAAUUACCCAUCUGCACCCCACUCCUGUCACUAAAACUCUUUUGGAUAAAAUGCGGAGGGCCUAUGAAUUUAUCUUGACAAAAUCAACCUCCUUAGCACAGCAACCGGAGAGUCAAGCAGCAGAGGGUCGAGCGGCGGCAGAGGGUCGAGCGGCAGCGGAGGACCAAGCGUCGGAUAAAGUGGCGGCGGAGGAUCAAGGGGCGGAGGGUCAAAUGGUGGCGGAGGAUCAAGCGGCAGCGGAGGGUCAAAUUGUGGUGGAGGAUCAAGCGGCAGCGGAGGGUCAAAUUGUGGUGGAGGAUCAAGCGGCAGCGGAGGGUCAAAUGGUGGCGGAGGAUCAAGCGGCGGCGGAGGGUCAAAAGGUUGCGAGGGUCAAGCGGCGGCAGAGGAUCAAAUGGUGACGGAGGAUCAAGCGGCGGCGGAGGAUCAAAUGGUGACGGAGGGUCAAGCAGCGGCGGGGGGUCAAAUGGCUGUGGAGGGUCAAGCGGCGGUGGAGGGUCAAGCGGCGGCCGAGAGUCAAAAGGUGGUGGAGGGUCAGGCGGCGGAAGAGGAUCAAAUGGUGACGGAGGAUCAAGCGGCGGCAGAGGGUCAAAUGGCGGUGGAGGAGACUGUAUUUGUUCUUAACCUUGUUCCUUUGUCUUCCCCACUCUCUCCAACCUCUCUCUCUCCUACUUGCUCUUCUACUUCUACAUCUAUUCUUCCUUCACUUUCUUCCCCACUUUCACUGCCAUGCUCUAAAUCUUUGCGACAAAUUAAACGUAAAAACACCUCUACCUCUUCACACUAUUCUCGCUCUGUCUCUCCUCCAUCUCUGUCUGCCUCUUCCAUCUCCACGUCUUUGAGUCAGGAAGGGC